ACGGAGGACUGACUGCGCUACGGGAUCCAGUGAAAAUAAUUUGUUCGGCAAAGCUGAUCGAUAAACGAGAUUUAUCCGAGCGCCAAUGAUUCAACGCCUCUGCAAAGCUCUUUCGCUCAUUCGCGUCUUUGUCAACCCUACUUCCUAUAAGUUCUUGGGGUUCUGGAUGCACGUCGGGUGCUCAGUUGGCUAACGCUGGGGGGAUAUGGCGGUAGUGCUGCUAAACCAAGCCCCAUACCGCAGAACCUAUGCAAGCACAGACCGCCUCAACGAUACUCCGAACGAUGGAAGUGAAUUGUGGAUCUUUCAGACCCCAGAUUUGGCUAGAAUUAAUAGCAACCACGUACUGCACAGGAGUGUAGAUAGAAAAAACCGCCAGAGUCCGGAUUUCACGGAAAUUCCACCUUGUCAGUUUGUGGGCAAUAAACCGCAUGUGUGUACUUUGGACAAAUGUGAGCGUGUUACUAUUAAUGUGAGUGGACUGUAUUACGAGACUUGGGCUUCGGUGCUAAACAAACAUCCCACGACUCUGUUGGGAAACCCACAAAAGCGGAUGAAGUUCUAUGACAGGAGACGCAACGAGUUUUUCUUUGACCGGCACAGGCCUACCUUUGAUUCCAUAUUUAAUUACUAUCAGUAUGGGGGAAAGUUACGCCGCCCGGAACCAGUGCCUGACGACAUAUUCCUGUCCGAGUUGGAUUUUUUUGAAGUUGAAAACGAUGUUAUAGAAAGGUAUAAAAAGGACGAAGGAUACAUUGCGGAGAAAAUAGUGCUUCCGGAGAAUCGAAUACAGAGGCUUAUAUGGAUGGUGGUGGAGUACCCAGAAAGCUCGACCACAGCCUAUAUCCUAGCCUGCCUCUCCGUGCUGAUAACCCUAAUAUCUAUCGUUCUCUUCUGUGUGGAAACCUUACCCGAGUAUUCAAAGACCCAUUGUAAGGCAGGUGAAGCACCUAAUUUUCUCGAUGCAUUCUUUGUGAUAGAAAGCAUUUGCACGGCAUGGUUUACUAUUGAGCUACUUGUGCGUCUGGUAGCGUGUCCGAGCAAACCACAAUUUUUCAAGGAUUUCAAGAACUUGAUAGAUGUGAUGGCCAUAGCUCCAUACUAUGUUACGUUGAUAAAUGUGUUAUGGAGUAUGAGCUGUGAGGGUGCAAAGUCGAGUGCCUCGCUAGCGUUCUUGCGAGUGGUUAGACUAAUACGAGUAUUCAAAUUAACGAAACAUUCAUCCGGAUUGCAGGUUUUAAUUCUAACAUUCCAAGCCAGUAUGCAAGGUUUGGGUCUGUUUUUUGUCGCCGUUGUGGUGUGUGUAUUGCUGUUCUCCAGCGCUAUCUACUAUGCAGAACAACAUUUGAGUGGCUCAGAGAUCAAAAGCAUUCCAGAUGGAUUUUGGUGGGCCAUUAUCACAAUGGCUACUGUAGGGUACGGCGAUUGUGUUCCUGUGGGGCCCUGGGGUAAAUUAAUCGGGUCUAUGUGUGCUUUAGCAGGGGUUUUGACCCUGGCCAUACCCGUUCCUAUUAUAACUGAAAAUUUCAAUAAGUUUUAUGCUCACAGAACUGGGAGAGGAAAAAUUUGACCAAUGGUUUUUGUGAUACAUAUUAUAAUAGACUUAUGCCCAUCACUUUCGAUCUUAUAUAUACAUCUCAAGAUGUCUUCCGUUUGGGCAAAGAACACCUUGGCAUGAGCUUAAUGCCAGCA